GACUUUUUCUGUUUCUCUCUAGAAACUACUCUUUCUUCUUCCUCACCAAUUCAUUUCACCACCUAUAAAUAUAUACAAUGCGAUCCUCCAUGUAUCUGCAACCAAAAAUCAAACUACUCGACAAAUCAAAUAGCUCGCCUUCAAGUCGUCGGAGAGAGAAAGAUGGAUGUAAGGAUGUUUGAAUUAGAGUCACCUAUACUGUCGUCGCUGCGACAGUUGAUGGAGCUACAAGAUACUGAAACAGAGAAAUCAUUCAACGCUCCGACAAGAACCUACGUGCGAGACGCCAAGGCCAUGGCGGCAACUCCUGCUGACGUGAAGGAGUAUCCAAACUCUUACGUCUUUGUUAUAGACAUGCCGGGCUUGAAAUCUGGGGAUAUCAAGGUUCAGGUGGAGGAUGACAACGUGCUGCAGAUCAGCGGGGAGAGGAAGCGGGAGGAAGAGAAGGAUGGAGUUAAGUAUUUGAGGAUGGAGAGGAGGAUCGGCAAGUUCAUGAGAAAGUUUUCUCUGCCGGAUAAUGCAAACACUGAUGCGAUAUCCGCGGUUUGUCAGGACGGUGUUUUGACCGUCACUGUCCAGAAGUUGCCGCCACCGGAGCCCAAGAAGCCGAAGACGAUUGAGGUUAAGAUUGCCUAAGGUGUGAUAAACUACGUAAAUCUAGUUUUUGUUGGUGUACGUGCUGUUUCCGGAUGUAUGUGUUCCGAGUUUGGUGUGUUGCAUCGUAGUUUCUUUCUCUUCACAGUAAAAAUGUGAUUUCAUGGUUUUCAUGUAAUCCUUGUGUGAGUGAUAAGAUAAUGAAAGAGUAAAAAUAAUUUCUAACAA